UAAUGGGUUCAGUCUUCACUCCAAGAGCUAGAGGACACCAUGCCGGUGGCCUGCGCUUAUUAAUGAUGGGGAUUCCUCGCUAAAACUCCAUGAGAGCCACUUCUUUGAUUCAAUAAUUCAACACCCACCCAAGAUCCAAUUCCCCAACACCCCCCUCCCAAAAAAAAAUAAAAAAUAAAAUAAAAAUAAAAAACCUCCUAUUUCCACCCCCACCCUUUCUUCCGUUUCCAAAAUCCUCCUAGGAAAUGGAUCUUGAUGAGUGGGAAUACCUCCCUGACGAUGCCUUCCUAGAUUUCCGUGAAGUUGGUGAGAAAAAUAUUUUCUGGGGCAAACGCAGUUCUGAUCCAAAAACUAUUUUCAACAUGAAUUACUUCAUAUGCCCAUCGCCAAAUUCCAGGAAAAUCAACGAACCACCUGGUAAUUCAAUGAUGCCAAGUCAACUUGUCACAGUUCCAAUUCACUUUGAAUCAACAGGUGGCACUGGCAAGGCACAAGAUGAUGAACUGCACAAGGAUAUCGCUAAGGUUCCUAUCGAAAUCAGUGUUGUGAGAUCGGCUGUUAUCCCUAAAAAAAACAUAGCUCCGAUUACAGGAGCUAUGGAAGCUGAUCAAGACACGGUUUCGCAAGUUUUCUUCAAAAUGAAGGAAAAUGAAUUCGUCGACAUGAAAAUGGACUCUCCUAGGUCUGGUUCUAGGGGAUUCAUGGCUCAAAUUGAUUCAGGUAGUUUUCAGUUUGAGGAAAAAGGUGAGGCUUUGGAGAGCAAGACCUCCCCAAGAAUGAAGGUAGAGAACGAGAUGGCGAUGAGCAAGAAAAACACCAUGGACAUGGACGGUGAUGGCAGCCAAGAGGAGGUCACUUGGGAAGAGAAUAGUGGUAGGCUGAACAUAUGGAAAUGGAGCUUAACUGGGAUUGGGGCUAUUUGUUCUUUUGGUGUUGCUGCUGCUACGAUCUGUAUUCUGUUUUUUGGAAACCAACCUGGAGACAAACAGCACCAAAAGAAGGAGAGGCUUCGGUUCCAGAUCUACACUGAUGACAAGUCAAGAAUAAUUUUAGAUUUAUGGUCGGGUAAUCAACUAGAUAUACAUGCUAGCUGACAUAUUCAGAGUGGAAACGGAAGAAAAACACAGAGAAUAAAGCAGCAAGUGGGGAACCAAGCAACCAAAUUGAAUGAUGCACUUGCAGCAGUAAGAGGAGUUCCUAUGACCAGAGCUCACAUAACGUGCGGUGGUUACUAUGAUGGACUUUGAAGCGCUUCCUUGAAGAUAUUACGGAGAGUCAAGAACCGGCUGGAUUUGCAUUGAGGUCUUUAUAAUAUAUUGUUUGUAAAUAAGGCACUAUCUGGGCAUUAUGUAUUCCUUUACGUAUUGAUUAAGCACUUAUAUAUAUUUUGGUUUAAAAGUAAUGUCAUUUUAUUAUAUCUA